AUGAAAAACUCCAUAGACAGGAAUAUCUCAAAGUUAUUGCUCCUGAAAGAAUUACAGUUCAAUAAUUUAUCAAUAAUUCGCAAAGAUGAUCUCAAAUCACUUAGACAAUUGCGAAUAUUAAAUUUACAGGAUAAUCAAAUUCAUACGAUCGAUGGUGAAUCAUUUCGAGAUUUAAUAUUAUUAGAAAAAUUACGAUUAAACAGUAAUAAACUAAACCAUAUUCUCGAUGGAACAUUUUCAGCUCUCAAACAACUUCAAAGGCUUACACUCAACUACAACAAUUUGACAACGUUACCAUUGUUGCCUCUUGCACGAUUACUUGAUUUGAGAGUGUUACGGUUGCAUGAUAAUUCAUUUAUUUGUGAUUGUCGUUUGUUGUGGUUGGCAAAAUAUUUAAAAUUACAUCCAUUUCUUGGUUUAAAUGCUCGAUGUCAACAACCGGAUACAUUAAAUCAUAAAGAUAUAACAUCUCUCGUUGAGGAAGAAAAACAGUGCAAUAGUAUGGAUGCUGAUGAUAUUGAGUAUACGUGCAAUGUUCCAAUUUGUCCGCAUCCAUGUACAUGUUUCAAUGGUGUUGUCGAUUGUAAAGAUAAAGAAUUGAAUGAAAUUCCAAGGAACAUUCCAGAUACAACAAUUGAACUGCGAUUGGAAAAGAACAGAAUUAUUGAAAUACCACCAAAAGUAUUUAGUCAUUUGAAAAAAUUACGACGAUUUAUUCUUUAUCGAAACAAUCUAAAAAUGUUACCCUCUCGAGCAUUCAGUGAUUUAAGUGCUUUACAGUUGCUGCAUUUAUAUAACAAUCAACUAGUGUAUUUACCUCUUGGCAUUUUCAAUCAACUUUCUCAUUUACAAUUAUUAUUAUUAAAUGCAAACAAAAUUACUUGUGUUCGUGGCGAUGCAUUUGAAGGAUUAGAAAAACUAAGUCUACUGUCUUUGUAUGACAAUCAAUUGAAAACGUUGGCGAAUGAGACAUUCAUACCGUUGAAAAGCCUUCAGACAUUACAUUUGGCUCGCAAUCCAUUUAUAUGUGAUUGCCAUCUGAGAUGGUUAAAUGCCUAUUUAAGAGAUAAACAAAUUGAAACAAGUGGUGUGAGAUGUGCGGCACCCCGAAGAAUGGCCAAAAGAAGAUUCGGUGUUUUAAACGAUCGAAAGUUUCGUUGUCGAAAUCGAAUGGAAUUUGAAUUAACAGCCCAUAGUGGUCAAUGUGGAUUACGAUGUCCAAAGUUUUGUCAAUGCGAUGGUACAACAGUAACAUGUCGUGGACAACAAUUGCAAGAGAUUCCAAACGAUAUACCAAUUUUUACAACAGAAUUACAUUUACAAGACAAUCAAAUAAAACGUGUGCCGCGUGAUGGAAGUUUUCGACGUCUAAGAAGUUUACGAACGCUUGAUUUGAGAAACAAUCGUCUAGAAGAAAUCGAUGAUGAUGCAUUCGAUGGUGCUUCUGCUUUGAACGAAUUGUUUUUGACUGAAAACAAUAUUCAAUCAAUUACACCUCAGACAUUUAAUGGUUUAAAAAAUAUAAAAACACUAAUGCUACGUGCAAACAAAUUAACGUAUAUUAAAAAUGAUACAUUUUUGGAUAUGGAUGUUCUAAAAACAUUGUCAUUACACGAUAAUCGAAUAAAAUGUAUACAACCAGGAUCAUUUGAUCGUCUAAGAUCAUUGGCAGCGCUGGAUUUAUUAUCGAAUCCAUUCGUUUGUAAUUGUCAUAUGAAAUGGUUGAAAGAUUGGUUGAAACAAAGUAAAAUUGUUACUGGUUAUCCAAAAUGUAUGUCACCAACAAAAUUGCGAAAUAUUCCUAUUGUUAAUCUGACCGAUGAUGAUUUCGUUUGUGAUCCAUCUGAAGUUGAUGAAUGUGAUGUUAGUUAUCCUACACAUUGUCCAAAAAAUUGUUCAUGUUAUAAUCAUGUUGUUCGAUGUAGUCAUGCACAAUUAACAAAAGUACCGUUUAUUGAUAUGCCGGUUGAUACAGAAGAAUUGUAUGUUGUGAAUUUUUCACUAUAUUUGGAUGCAAAUGAUAUUCAAGAAAUUCCAUCUGGAAUUGGACGUUUAACAUAUUUAGUACGAAUUGAUCUAAGCUAUAAUAAAUUACGAUCAAUACCAGAUAGAAUAUUUGAAAAUCUCACAAGACUCGAAACAUUAAUAUUGAGUUAUAAUAAAAUUCAAUGUAUUGAAACAGCAUCAUUCAAAGGAUUAAAAAAUCUUAGAAUUUUAUCACUUCAUGGAAACGAAAUAUCAACGAUACCGGAAGGAUCAUUCAAUGAUUUACAAGCUUUAUCUCAUGUUGCUCUUGGAGGCAAUCCAUUAUAUUGUGAUUGUAAUUUGGGAUGGUUAUCAUCAUGGAUUAAAACCGAUUAUGUUGAACCUGGUAUUGCAAGAUGUGCUGGUCCUCCUCAAAUGGCUAAUAAACUUCUAUUAACAUCUCCAAUAUUCUUCUUCCAAUGUUAUAACGAUAGCGAAUCGAAUCGGUAUAAACAAAAAUGUGAUCCGUGUUUAACUGAUCCGUGCUUAAAUAAUGGUACAUGUCGUACAUUAUCAGUUGAACAAUAUCAAUGCGAUUGUAUGCCAGCUUAUCAUGGUCAACAAUGUGAAAUGACUAUUGAUGCUUGUUUUGACAAUCCAUGUAAAAACGAUGGACGUUGUGAAGCACUGACAGAUGGACGAUUUCGAUGUCAUUGUAUGCCAGGAUUCACAGGUUAUAGAUGUGACAUCAAUAUUAACGAUUGUUUUCAACAUCGAUGUGAAAAUAAUGCAACAUGCAUCGAUAAAAUAAAUGCUUACAACUGUCUGUGUCCACCAAUGUUUACAGGACGAUAUUGUGAACAAAAAUUAAAUUGGUGUGACAUAAAUUUAAAUCCAUGUGUAAAUAACGGUCAAUGUGUACGAUUGGCAAACGGUGGUUACGAUUGUGUUUGUCAACCUGGUUUUAGAGGACAAAACUGUUCUAUAAACUUUGAUGAUUGUCAAUCACAUCAUUGUCAAUUUGGAAUAUGCGUUGAUAAAUUGAAUGGUUAUGUUUGUAAAUUUUGUGAAAUACCACCGGUUGUUGCUCCUUAUCAACAGAGUUCUGAAGCCCAGCAAUGUUCAACCGAUUUUUGUUUAAAUAAUGGUGCAUGUUAUGAGAGAAAUGGAUCAAUUAAAUGCAAAUGUCUGAAUGGUUUUAUUGGUGAUCGUUGUGAUAUGCUAAAAAGUGUUACGUUGAAUACAAAUGAUUCUUACAUCAAAUUACAAAAACUAAAUGUUUAUCCACGAUCAAAUAUUACCAUUGUAUUUAGUACAACGAAUAGUACCGGUGUAUUAGUGUAUUUUGGCAAUAUCGGACACAUGGUGGCCGAAUUAUUUAUGGGAAGAGUAAGAGUUAGCUACGAUGUUGGAAAUUCACCAGGAUCAGUUAUGUUUAGUUAUGAUACCGUUAAUGAUGGUAAAAUUCAUGAACUCCAAUUGAUAUCAAUAGGACAAAAUUUUAGUUUAACAGUUGAUCGGGGUUAUACUCGUCAUAUUUUUAACCGUGGACAACGAAAAUAUUUAAAUAUUACCGAAAGUUUAUAUGUAGGAGGUUUACCGAAUGAAUUGACAAAUCGUGCAUUGAGUCUAUGGCAUAUACGAGAAGCAACAUCAUUUCAAGGUUGUAUCCAUGGUCUCUAUAUCAAUGGUGAUACUGUUAAUUUUCAAAAUGUUGAUUAUCGUCAUAAAAUAUUACCAGGAUGUAAUGAUAAUGAUCUAAUGAAUAAAACAUGUUCACCAACAAGUUGUAAACAUGGUCAAUGUUUGCUAGAUGGACUGGCCUAUAGAUGUGUGUGUCACGAAGAUUACACAGGCAUCACAUGUAGCGAAGCUGUUUUACCACCCAUGUCUUGCGGUUUAACAAUUGAAACCGCCUAUUACAUUGAUCCAUUAACAAAAUGUCAAAGCAAUCGACGUUUAAGAUUGACUAAAUGUAUCGGAACCUGUUCGGGAGCAACACGUUCGCCAUCUUUAACGGCAGCAAAAUGGACAGCAGAUAAUAGUACUAUGAAUUUAACGUCUCCUUCAUGUUGCACCCCUGUUGAUCCUAAACGACGGUAA